AUGUCUGGACUCAAAGAGAUCGACGACAAGAAGGACUUUGGUCAUGUCCAGGGCACAGAACUCGAUGAAUCAGCGUCAGUGGAUACGAUCACUGCGCUCGUGGCCGAAGCAGUGCUUCUAGCUGGUGACCAAGUCUGCUUGGCAAUCAUGGCCCAGUCGUGGUCUCUCUCAGUGCUUGGAUGGGUGCCGGGAAUAAUCACCAUGUUGCUCUCUGGGGCUCUGUUCUGGACCACGUCAAUCACCAUGCACAAGUUCAUCAUGAAAUACCCACAGAUUCUCGCAACCGCCAACAAUAUCAUAUUGAUCGCAUUCCACGUUCUCACCGGAGCCAAAGUCCUCAACAUCCUGUCUGACCAUUCCAUCUGCACGGCUCUCUUCUCGGGACUCGUCACCAUCAUGGGCAUUGUCAUGUCAGCCCCCAGAACUCUGCGCCAUGUGAGCUUCAUGUCGAUGUUCUCGUCCGCCUGCAUGGGAAUCGCAAUUCUUCUCUUCCUCGUCUUCGCCGGUAUGGAAAAAAGCCCCUUAUACGGCUACAAUGGCGACUUCCCCAGCGACGGACCCGUCCAAACCUACGCCUUCCCUCUCCCCGGCACAACGUGGAUAGCAUGCAUGAACGCCGUGCUCAAUAUCACGUUCCUCUGGGUGCCUCAGAUUCUCUUCCCGACAUUCAUCGCGGAAAUGGAACGUCCGCAGGACUUUCCCAAAGCACUCGCUGUCCUAGCCGUCAUCUCGGGCGUUCUGUUCAUCGUGGCCCCCAGCCAUUGGAUUCCACUACCUCGGACAAUACGCAACAGCACCCGCCUUUGGCAGCCUGGGGUCGUCGCAUACAAGAAAGCUUCAUUCGGCUUCGUCAUCGUGCCGACCCUGAUCAUCGGCGUGAUCUAUGCAAAUGUCACCGCCAAGUUCAUCUACAAUCAGAUCCUCGGCAAGUCACGCCAUUCGCACAGCAACACCUUCAUCGGAUGGACCGUUUGGAGCCUGAUCAUGAUCGGCAUCUGGGUGAUCGCAUUUAUCUUUUCAGAAGUCGUCCCCAGCAUGGGGGACUUUCUCUCCUUGCUCGGAGCGGCGUUUGAUUCCUUUUUCGGAUUCCUUUUCUUUGCCGUGGCCUAUUGGCAAUUGAAUCGUGGAAGACUGUUCGCUGAUCCGCAACGGACAAUUCUGUCUCUGGUGAAUGUGUUUGUCACGAUGGUGGGUUUGUUCAUGCUUGGGCCUGGACUGUAUGCCGCGGUUGAGGCGAUCAUUGCCGAUUAUGCGGGAUCGACGACGCCCGCGUUUACAUGUGCCAAUUUGUCGAUCUGA